AUGUCCAGUGCAAACAUUAGAAACUGGCUUGGGGAAGACAUUACAGAAAGCAGGGAUGCAAGCAAAAAGUACGCGGCAGCCGCCAGCGAGGGUGGACGGGCGGGCUGCGGCGACGCGCGCGCUGCGACGCCUGCGCAGGUGGCGCGGGCGGCGGCGGCCCGCGACGCAGCGGGAGGCGCCGAGUCGGUGGCCGCCGCGGCCGCCGGUCGGAUGGAGGGCCAGCUGCCGGGCGAGGGGGCGGCGGAGGCGGCGGCGGCGGCGGCGGCGGCGGCGGCGGCAGCGGCCAGACCCCGCGGCCGGCCGUCGCUCACGUCGCGCCGCUCGCAGCUGUCGCGCCGCAGCAGGAGCUCCGAGCAGGAGGCGCAGGCGGACGACACCCGGCCGUCGGCCACGUCUUCCUCCUCCGCUGCGGAGGACGCGCGGCUGCUGGCAGACCACCGCCGACAGCUGGAGGCGAUCGCGGCCAAGCCGGCCUUCGCCGCCGCCUGCGCCACCGUCGAGCGCGUGCUGGCCAGCAACGUCUUCCGUGCCCAGCAGAAGAUCUUCAAGGGCCUGACGGAGGCGGACGCAGACGGCGGCCCGCGCUUCCGCUACCACGUGCGGCCGCUGUGGGUGUUCGAGUGCGAGCGCACGAGCGGGCGCAGCGUGUCGGCGCUGUGCUGGAGCGCGGCGUGCGGCGACCUGCUGGCCGCAGCCUACGGCAAGUUCCACUUCGGCGGCGGCGGCGGCGGCGGCGGCCGGGGCCGCGGCGCCGUCUGCAUCUGGUGCGUCAAGAACCCCGCCGAGCCGGAGCGCGCCUACGGCUUCGGCGCGGAGGUGUCGUCGCUGCGCUUCUGCCCGGCGGCGCCCAACCUGCUGGCCGUCGGCUUCUACGACGGCGCCGUCGCCCUGGUGGACGUGUCCGCCGCCGGCGGCGUCUGCAGGGUGGUGGCGUGCGGCGCGGCGCCGGUGAGGGCCCCCGUCUGGCACGUCGAGUGGCUGCCGCGCGCAGACGCCGACGAGGGCGGGCAGCAGCUGGAGGAUCUGCUCGCCGCCGACCAGGAGGGCCGCAUCUCCAGGUUCGCUCUCGCCGCUAGCGAGGCUCUGCUGUUCCAACAGCGCGGCGCCGUUGACAGGUACCGGCGCAACGGCGCGCGGCUGGAGCAGACGCAGGUGAUGCGCGUGCCUUGGCCAGAGGGCGCCGUGGGCGGCGUCGCGCCUCCCCCUGGCGCGCGGGCGCCGCGACGCCCGGGCGGGGAACCCCCGCCGCCUGGGGGGCCGGUGUCGUGCUUCGCGGCGGCGCUGGUGCUGGCUCUGCGGCCGGACGGCGCGGGCGACUACCUGGUGGGCACCGACGCGGGCUGCGUGCACGUCUGCUCGACGCGCAGCCUGCACCGACACCUCGACCACUUCCGCGCGCACCGCGGGCCCGUCUACUCCCUGCAGUACUCGCCCUUCUGCCCGCAGGUGCUGCUGACGGCGGGCGGGGACGGGUGCGUGCGCGUGUGGCGGCAGGGCGCGUGGCAGGCGCUGGCCACGCUGCGGCACGGCGCGCCGCUGCAGGCGGCCUGCUGGUCUCCGUCGCACGCCACGCUGCUGGCCGCCGCCGCCGCGCCCGGCCUCUUCCUGUGGGACCUGCGCCGCGCCGCGCCCAGCCCCGCCUCCGCCACGGCCGCCGGCCUCUGCACGCAGCUGCUCUUCACGCCGUCGGGCCGUGGGCUCGUCGCCGGCGACGCCGCGGGCCGGGUGCACGUGCUCGCCCUCGAGGACGCGCCCUUCCCGCCCUUCUUCCAGGCCGACGCCCUCGCGGACGCCCUGCGCGCCGCCGUCCUCACCAGGCCGCAGCUGGCGCGCCGACUGCGAGAACUCGGGCCGCCCUUCGGAUGA